AUGGCGCUCUUUAGGCGGAAAAUAAAUCAGCGGUUGCUGACAUUAUUGUCGGUUUUCUUGUUUCCAGCUGUUUUGUGUUUUAGUGAGCUGUCUUUUGUGACUGAACCCAGUGACAAGACAGUAUUUCAGAAUGAUCAUGUAAGGAUAGACUGCAUCGUCCAAGGAGAGCAACCUGUGGAUGUAAGAUGGCAGAAGAACGGGAAAAAACUUCUAGAGAGCGAUCGGAUUCAUUUCUUACCCAAUGGAUCGCUGUAUCUUUCAUUUGUAAGAAGAGAGGGAGAACAGUCAGAUGAAGGCUUCUAUCAGUGCCUUGCUCGCAACAAGUAUGGAGCAAUUCUAAGCCAAAGAGCUCAACUAACAAUCUCAGGUAUAGUAUCUUUUGUGACCCAGCCCUCUCCUGUGGUGGUGAAUACAGGCUCUGUUGCUAGGUUUGCAUGCAGUGUCCGUGCCAACCCAGCAGCCAUUAUCACAUGGGAGCUCAACCAAAGACUUUUGCCUUUACAGAAAGAAAGAAUCACAGUGUUGCCAAAUGGAGUGUUGCAGAUUCAUGAGGUAAAACCAGAGGAUGCUGGGUCUUAUCGCUGUGUGGCCACCAACAUUGCCAGUCAAGUGAAAAGCAGAGAAGCCAUGCUUACAGUUAAUCCAGUGUAUGGACAUAGGCAACUUAUGAAGCCUCAAAUCAUAGCAGGUCCGCAGAACAUCAGUGCUGGUCUUCACCAGACUGUUGUGUUGGAGUGUGUCGCAGAGGGGAACCCUCGGCCUCUGGUGUCCUGGAGCAGGGCCGACUCCAAGCCUAUAGACGUGUUUGGUGCCAAAAUAAUGGGCAAUGGAAACCUUAUUAUCUCAAAGGCAAACACCCAGCACACCGGAGUUUACUUGUGCAGAGCAACAACACCACGCACACGGAACUUUACACUUGCUGCUGCAAACCUCACUGUUCUGGUACCCCCAUCUUUUGUGGAAAAGCCAGAGAGUCAGACGCGACCUAGAGCUGGCACAGCUCGCUUUAGCUGCCAGGCUGAGGGUGUGCCAUCUCCUCGCAUCUCGUGGCUGAAGAAUGGAGAAGUCAUACACUCCAAUGGCAGGAUCAAGAUGUACAAUAGUAAACUGGUAAUAACCCAGAUCAUUCCUGAGGAUGAUGCCAUAUACCAGUGCCAGGCUGAAAACUCACAGGGCUUGAUUCUGUCCAUGGCACGGCUGAUUGUUGUCAUGUCAGAGGAUCGACCCAGCGCUCCCCGAAAUGUCCAUGCUGAGACAAUAUCUAGUUCUGCCAUCUUACUGGCCUGGGAGAGGCCUCAGUACAAUGCAAAUAAAGUCAUUGCCUACUCAGUGCACUACAUGAAGGCAGAAGGUCUGAACAAUGAGGAGUACCAGGCAGUGAUUGGAAAUGACACAACUAGUCACAUUGUGGAUGAUCUUGAGCCAGCAUGCAACUACACAUUUUAUAUAGUGGCCUACAUGCCGAUGGGAGCCAGCCGCAUGUCCGAGCAAGCCACACAACACACACUGGAGGAUGUGCCUCUCCGUACCCCUGAACUGAGCCUUACUAGCAGAAGCCCUACUGACAUUCAGGUGUCCUGGCAGCCGCUUUCUGCCAAACUCAGUCGUGGCCGUGUCUCUGCCUAUCGGCUGUCCUUCCGUACAGCUGCAGAUGAACAGGUAAGCUCAGUAGAGCUGCCUGGAAUUGGGCAGAACUCCACCCAGCACUUACUUCAGGGCCUGGAGCCAGACACCAUCUACCUGCUGCGCAUUGCAGUGUCCACCGGGGCAGGCUGGAGCCAACCAUCUGCCUGGAGCUCCCACCGCACACCUAAAAACUCCAGAGUUAUGGUACCACCAGCCCCUAAUCUGGAAUUGGAGCCGUUUAACUGCACCGCCAUUACUGUACGCUGGCACCCUUUACCCAGUGAUGCUGUCAUUCAGGGUUACAAACUCUCCUGGCAACCUGAUGGCCAAGCACAGAACACAACCAUCCAGUUCCGUCCUCAGGACUACCAGCACACAAUUACAGCACUCGAACCAAGAAGAAAGUAUCAUGUAAAGAUUUUGGCCUUCAGCACUCAGGGUGAUGGCUACCAGGCACAUCAAAUUGUCAGCACAAAUGGCUGCCCUUCUACUCCAAACCGAAGGUUGGCCACUCUGCCUGCUCCAGACCAUGUCCAUGGUCAGACGAACAGCUCCUCAGCUGUAAGACUUAGCUGGGGUCGUCCUGCCUUCAGUUCGGGAAAACCAGUCAGCUAUUCUAUUCGUUAUGGCCCUGUAGCUCCAUACAACGCUUCUGCUGUACGCUACCUUCAAACGACUGAACAGACAGUGAUGGUGCAGGGACUAAUGUCGAACACACGCUAUGAGUUUACUGUGCGUUUACACAUGGAUCAGAUGUCCAGUCCCUGGAGUUCUCCCAUAUAUCUGAGAACUCUCUUAGAAGCUCCAUUAUUUCCGCCUCUGGCGGUGAGAGUGACUCUGAUAGAGGAUGACACAGCACUGGUGUCCUGGAGAGAGCCGGAACAACCAAAUCUGACUGUAACACACUAUACUAUCCACUAUGCCCUGCAGAGAGCAUGGCUUGCUGCAGAGUGGAAGGUCCUACAGAGAGAAGGCAGCAAUACAAUGGCUUUGUUGGAGAAACUGGAGUCUGGUAAUAUCUACCUGGUAAAGGUCUCGGCUUCAAACCAGGCAGGUGAUGGACCUUUCUCCAGCAUAGUGGAACUUUCUGUGCCAAGGCUUAAAAUGCACCCAGGCAAAAACCCUCGCCAGACCAAGACUAUAGAUGGUCUCUACCAUUUGGAUCAGAAAUCUAUGACUGGCAUUAUUAUUGGUGUGUCUAUAGCACUGGCAUGCAUCGUCAUCUGUUUCUUCAUCCUCAUCACUAAAAGCAAAACCAGGAAAUCUUUAUCUUCAAAGAUGAUUGAACGGGACAAUGCUGGGGUCAUUAAUAAUGGUAUACCACCAGUCAAUCAACAGCAGGUAGAGAAUGCUGAGGUUUGGCUGCCAAUGAUGGGCAACCACUUUAUAGAUACCAAGGGUGGGCCAGCGCCUACUCACAGCUCAAGUAAAAAGUGGACCAUUUUCAGCCGUGCAGAAAAGCACAUUUCAAAAAAACAGGUUACGGACCGAGCAUGUUUCUGUGAGGUGGGAAAGAUGGUGCUGCAGUGUGAGCAGGAGCAGCCAGUUGCCUCUCUUCAGCCCUCAUCCCUGCAGAUCUUCUAUCGACCACUGGGGGAGUCAGAAAGCUCUCAGACCAGUGAAUCCAGCACAGAAACAUCAGAUUCUGGAAACUACUCUAACGAUGAGGCAGAACAGCACAUUCCUAACAAUCAGCUAUCCAUUGUGUGUGAGGACAAUAGGUGUGACACUGCUGGAGUGUUUCAGAGUGAAAAAACAUCGAGCUGUGUUGUAAACAUCAGUCCACAUGCCUUGGCUUAA